UUUCACCAACUCGACACGAGGAACUGAUCACACGUGUGUCCAGUUGGUGAAACUUUAAAUUAGCACUAAUUAUUCUUUCGUCAUUUGGACACGCCAAGGUUUUUAUGUAUGUCCACAUAGUGAAAAUCAAAUUAAGUUACUUUUGUGUUUUCGUCAACUGGACACACGUUCACAUUUUACCCGAAUGUAUAACAAAGUACAGUCACGCAGAUAAUAUUUUUGAAUCACAAUCAUCGUUGUCCUCUAAACGUCCCACCUAGUAAUUUCACCGGGUAAUUUUGUAAUUAUUCACCAUUUGUGAAUUUGUAAAAAAUAUAUUUUUGACACCGAAAGUGUUUGAAAGUCGCUAUUACCAUGUUACGAGUACUAUGCUUGUCAAAUCUUCAACAUGGAACCUGUUUUAUUACAGUGUUUUGUAUUCCCGGCGGCCGGUGACUUAAAAUGACGUAGUCUGCUCUAAUUGGUUGAAGCAGGUAAUAAAUCCCAACUCGGUAACCCUUUGGUCAUAAUUCGUUAUCAGUUUAGGUGUGUGCAUUAAGUGCAGUGUUUGUGCCAUUUUAAAGUGACGUGGAUUUUAAUACAUAGACAAAUAUGUCUAUAGAAGAAGUCGCGGGUCCAUCAUUGACUAACAGAAAUACAUUUUCAUUCAUCACUUCUCAAAGAAAUCGUCCAAUUCUAUUAAAAGAUGGAUACAAAUAUCUACACCUAAGGACAAAUAAAGAUAAAUCUUCAAUGUGGCGUUGUUCGAAAAAGUCAACUUGUCAAGCUAUGAUCAAAUUAAAUUUUAACAACACCACUAUAUUAAAAGCAACUGAUCAUAAUCAUGAGGGUGAUUUGACGAAUAACGAGAUUCUAAUGAAUUUAAAUGAUUGCGAGGAUCAAGUAAAGCAUAAUCUAGCUGCUUCUGUCCCAAGUCUAUACUUUGACACGAUUGAGCGAAUGGAAGAGAGAGGACUCCAUUUAGUUGCAAAUAUCCCACGUUUUCAAAGUGUGAAAAAUAAACUAUAUAGAAAAAGGAACAAAUCAUUGGGCGUUCAACGUAUGUCAUUCAAUAAUAUAGCCGAAAUAGUUGUACCUGAGCAGUUUCAAGACAUCUUGCUAGCGGAUCGCAUCGGAGAUCAACGUAUUCUCGUUUUUGCGCACCAUAACAUGAGAGAGAUUGUUGCAAAUUCAAAUAAAUUCUUCUGUGAUGGAACGUUUAAAACAUGCGUUAAAAAGUUCCAUCAGCUAUUCACGAUUCAUGUCGAUAUUGGAAGUACGGAAUAUCAUACGAACAUUAUUCCCACUAUCUAUGCUUUGCUGCCCGACAGAACAGUUGAUACUUACAAAACAUUAUUUUGUUUAAUUAAAAGCCAAAUACCGGAGUGGAACCCAGAAACCAUCACAUGUGAUUUUGAAAAGCCUCUUAUUCAAGCUUUGCAACAUGAAUUUCCGAAUAUAAAAAUUGUGGGAUGCUAUACUCAUUUCAAGAGAUGUUUGUGGCGAAAAGCAAAAAUGUUGCGUUUAACAAAGUCUAAAUUGGGAAAAGAUCAUGUGAAGAGGUGUUGUUCAUUGCCACUUCUACCGAUUGACGCACAACCAGAUGCCUGGUUAUAUAUCAUGGCGGAAUGCUUGAACACUGAAGAUGCAACAACAUUUAACGACUAUUUUAUCAAAACUUGGCUGGAUGAUAAUUCUGAUUAUGCAAACACAUACAAUUGUUAUAAAGAACAUCAUCGCACUAAUAAUUCUGUAGAGGCAUGGAAUGCCAGAAUAGCCAAAAAAUUAAAAAAGAAACCAAAUAUAUUACAGUUCCUGGUCGCGAUCAAAAGAGACAUGAAUGAGUUUUGGCGCCGGGUAGUGAUGGAUGGACCUAUAUCAAGAAAAAAAAUUGAAACUAUCAGAAUGAACACAAUGAUUGCAGACACUGUAAGAGAGUUUGAAUCAAGAGAAAUUAGCAUCGGUCACUGUAUCGAAAAAUUGAAGUAAAUUGAAAUAUCUUUAUAUAUUUUUGUAAUAGUAAUAUUCUAUGUUUUAUUGUUGAUUGUAUUGAUCUCUAUAUUAUUUUAGUCUAGUCUUAGUAAAAUGAUUGUGAUACUAUUAGUCUAAUUAUUAUUAUUACCGCAGUACUCUAUUUUCUAAAUGCCAAUUAUUAUUGUUACAGAGUUAUGUGGAAUGAUAUUGUUUGUAAAAUUAUCCAUUUUAGUAUUAUUAUCUCAUAAGACUAUGUUCCAUUGAUGAUUUGAAUCAAGAAAAAUUAGCAUUGGUAUCGAAGAAUUUAACCAAAUAAAAAUAUCUUUAUAUUUUUUUGAAAUAGUAAUAUUCUAUAUUUUAUUGUUGAUUAUAUUGAUCUCUAUAUUAUUUUAGUCUAGUCUUAGUAAAAUGAUUGUGAUACUAUUUGUUUAAUUAUUAUUAUUACAGUAAGACUCUAAUUUCUAAAUGCCAUAUUAUUGUUGCAGACUUGUGGGGAAUGAUUAUUGUAUAUAAAAUUAUUCAUUUUGGUAUUGUUAUCUCAUGCUCUAUUGAUGACUAUUUUGAUAUUUUAUUUUAUACCACAUAUACCUAGUAUACCUACUUAAGGUUAAAUGUUUCAAUUCCGCUCUCAUAAAUAUAAACUUGACAGCAACUUCGUAUAGGAGUGGAGUGUAUCGUUCAAUAUUAAAAACAUCAUUGAGUUUAACCUUGAGCAAUAGGAAAAAUAUUUUUUCACUUAAAUUAUGUAUGUGCUUAUUAUUUGAUAUUUCUGUGACAUUUGAUGUGAUGAUUUUAAAUUAUUAGGUAUAUUUAGAAUGUGUAGAUAUAGGUAAGUUUGUUUUUUAUUAGUAAAUCCUCUCCUUUAUAUCAAUAAAUCCUCUAAUAUAAAUAUUUGAUUGUUACUCAUUUGUUUUAUUUCAAAAUUUGUCUUAAACGAAACAAUUUUUAACUUAACUGUACCUUUUUUAGAAAAAAAAAAUAGGUGUGUCCAGUUGACGAUAACAUAAAAGUAAUUAAUUUUAAUUUUCACUAUGUGGACAUACAUAAAAACCUUGGCGUGUCCAAAUGACGAAAGAAUAAUUAGUGCUAAUUUAAAAUUUCACCAACUGGACACACGUGUGAUCAGUUCCUCGUGUCGAGUUGGUGAAAA